GAAGUGCUAUUGAGCAAACGUCGAGGUAGAGCUGCUGGAGUCGCUCGGCAGUUCGGCGUUAAAGGGGAAUUUCUAUCACAGCAGCUUUCGUUUUAGUGUUUAUAUUGUGUUUUUUAUAUUUUUGGCUUUAUUUUAACCCUAAUGGCAGCGACAAGUCGGCAGGACUCCUAUGAGCAUACAGGCCUGUUCUCCUCAGUGACCCACUAUGGCUCCACAGAAAACUGCAGCGACCAUCAAGCAAACAGCAACGACAGCAACCACAACAAGCAGAACUUUCCCACAGCAGCAGCAGGUCACUGGGUCGGGGCCGAUCAAGAGGAGGAGGCCAUUCGCAGGAAGCUGAAGUACUUCUUCAUGAGUCCAUGUGAUAAAUAUCACGCCAAAGGACGCAAACCCUUCAAACUGGUCCUGCAGGUGCUGAAGAUAUUUAUUGUCACAGCUCAGUUGGCCGUGUUUGGCAUCAGUAACCAGGUGGCCGUCACCUUCAAGGAGGAGAACACAAUGACGUUCAAGCACCUCUUCCUCAAAGACUACAAUCAAUCCUCAGAUGACUCCUUCGCUGUUUACACCCAGCAGGACGUCUAUGACCACAUGUUUUAUGCGAUAGAAAAGUAUCUCACCUUACCGGAUAACACAGUGGGGCACUACGCCUACGUCUACGACAUCGGAGUGAACAACAGCGCCCUCUCCCUCUGCCAACAGUACUACAAGAAGGGGCAUAUCGAUCCAGUCAAUGAUACGUUCAACAUAGACCCUCACAUUGUCACAGACUGCAUCGGCGUGAAUCCUAUGUCUGCCCCCCCCAAUCUGCUCACCAGCAGCUACAAGAACUUCACACUCAAGUUCCACAAGUUGAUUAAUGUAACCAUACAGUUCCAACUGAAGGCCAUCAACAUACAAACUAUCAUCAACAAUGAGAUCCCAGACUGCUACACUUUUCACAUUACAAUAGUGAUGGACAACAAGGCUCACAGUGGAAAAGUGAAGAUCUGGUUAGAAAACGAGGCGAUGAUAAGGGAAUGUAAAGACCCAAGUGUCUCUGGACAUGCUGAGAGCUUCACACGUGUAACGUUCGACGUGAUCGUUUCACUGGUGUGCCUGCUGUCUCUGAUCCUUUGUGGACGCUCCCUGCUGCGAGGCAUCAUCCUGCAACAGGAGUUUGUUCAGUACUUCAGGGAGACUCUGGAUCGUAAAGUGUGUUGGGCGGAUCGGCUUGAGUUUAUCAACGGCUGGUAUAUUCUUCUCAUCAUCAGUGACAUCUUUACCAUCACAGGCAGCAUCAUCAAAAUCGGCAUUGAAUCAAAGACUAUGUCGUCCUAUGACAUCUGUGCCAUCCUGUUGGGGACCUCCACCCUUUUGGUGUGGGUGGGAGUCAUUCGCUACCUCACGUUUUUCCAAAAGUACAACGUAAGUCAUGGAUCUUCUGGUUCUUCUGUAAGAGAUCGUUCCUUUAGACAUUUAAUUUGCCUGAUCUUUGCUCUCUUUUCACAGAUUCUCAUCAUCACACUUCGAGUAGCGUUCCCCAACGUGAUUCGCUUCUGCUGCUGCGUAGCCGUCAUCUACCUGGGUUACUGCUUCUGUGGCUGGAUCGUACUUGGACCGUACCACGUGAAGUUUCGCUCUCUGUCGAUGGUGUCAGAGUGCCUGUUCUCCCUCAUUAAUGGGGACGACAUGUUUGUGACGUUCUCGGAGAUGCAGGAGAGCAGCACUCUGGUUUGGACGUUCAGCCAGCUCUACCUCUACACUUUCAUCUCCCUGUUCAUCUACAUGGUCUUGUCUCUGUUCAUCGCUCUCAUCACUGGGGCCUACGAGACCAUUAAGCACCAAACCCAGGAACCGAUUCACAUCACAGAUCUGCACGCCUUCAUAGCUGAGUGUACAGAUGCACCAACAUCUGGCAAGUUCAGGGGAGUGGAGACGUCUCCCUGCUCCUUCUUCUGCUGCUGUGACAGAACAACAACAUAUGAAGACGUCCUGCUGGUGAACUGAGGAUGACCUUAAUAAUCUGAGUGCUCACCAGCCCCCCCUGCUGUCCAGCGGUGUGUAUUGCACACAUCAGCAGCGUUCCUGUGGCUCAAGCAGUCGGUACUGAAGAAGGGGUCCGCCUCGGCUGGAUCUACUGAAGGAUCUACACUCUUCCUGCUGGAGCUUUCUGUUCGUUGAGAACUGAAGGACUGAACUUUUCUAAAGGAGCAUUACAGUGUAGCAUCGCUGACGACUACCACACAAACAUUUCUGUUAGUUUUUAUUGUUUUUAGAACAAAACUCAGUAUUUUUUUUUUUCUGUGUUUGUGAUUCUGCAUUACUGCUGCAGAAGCAGCACAAGCUGCUGGUGCAAAAAUGUUACGGAAACUGGUACUGAUUGUUUUUAUUUUUUUAUAUUUUUACUUGAUUUUUUUUUUUCUAUUUUAGAAAAUUUCAGAUUGAAGACCAUAACAAGUCCAGUUUUAUUUAGUAAAAUUCAUGAGAUAUUUAACUAAAAUGAAGAUAACAAAGCUUCUGUGUAAUUAUGAUCAGGUUAAUGCAGCUUCAGUAUAAUUUUCCUACAGCAUUUCCUGUUGCAGCACAGUGUGUGUACCAUGUGUUGCAGACACACUCACUACGUACUCGGACUGUGUUGCAGUUGGUUUGUCCUCCAAAGCUGUGUGCACUUUUCUUUUAAAUGAUGCCAAAACAUUAUGGAGAUUGUGAUACUUCAUUGUGUAUAAGUUAAAAUGUUUGCAAAUCCCCUCCACCCUCAUCGCUGUAGAGAGAGACAACACUGAUGGCCAUUAAGAAAUUGGAUCUGACUUGAAUAGCCGGACUCUGAUUAGGAAACAAUGAUGGAAAACGACGGCUAAAAAUGCCUUCUCAUUGUGACUCAGUUCUUUUCCUUGUUACUUCCCGUUAACAUAAAGUUGUCUUGUCUGAAACAGUUGCUCUGUUGGAGUCCUGAACUAACUAGAUUUCUUCUUUUCUUGUACGCACAAAAGUCUGAAGAGUCUCAGGAUGAAGACGUUUGGUCCAAAAAAAGGACAGAAGUUUUUCCGCUCGUGUUCAACAUAUCAGCUGAAUCAUUUUUUAAGUUAAUUGUGCUGUACAAUAAUAGAUUUUAAAAAUAUAUUUUAAAAGUGCCUGUUUUAUCAAUGGCUUUAAAUUAAGGAUCCAUUACUGUCGUUUAUUACUAAGAUGUUUUUCUGCUUGACUUUAGUGUUUUAUGUUGAGUUUCAGUGUUGAUGUGCCUGUACUGUACCUCAGAGAAACACUGUUUGAAUUGCUGUUCAGUUAUCUGUUUUGUGUCAUAUACAGUAUCUGUUGAUCAUCGUCUAGUUCCUCAAUUAUAAAUUAAACUUUCUGGGUCACCUGUGA